AUGAUGCAGCAUCGAAGGCGGCAAGCGACUGCCGAAGAGCUGGCACAAGGUCAGAGGGAGAUGAAGGCCGCCGAGGCCAGAAUGAAGAAAGAAGGGAAGAAGAGAGGUGAGCUACCUCUCGAGGACGGGGUGGCCGAAGGGUCACAGGGUGGAAAAGGACCACCAGGUGGGGAUGCGACGUCCACCGACAUGGUCUCGACAAGGUCACCCACUCUCACAGUCCCGUCAACUGAGGAUAGCCACUCUAAGGUCUCAGCCGCGACUUCAUCGACCCCGAGGCCAAAGACUGAAGCUCCGAGUCCAGGAAAGCCAAAGAAAGAAGAAGAAGCUCACAUGAGGACCCCGCAGGUGUUGGGACCGAAAGCCAUCCAGGACCAGCAGGGUGAAGAUGGAAAAGGAAGUGUGAAGGGAGGUGGUGUUGGUGGGAUCCCCGAAGAAAGUGAAGUCCCCGAACAGCACUCCAUUUGCACACCACCGUUGUUCACGCCAGCCCAGCUUGAUGAUUUGCAUCGAGUUCAACAACAGGCACCAUGGCUUUAUGCCAAAGUCGGUACACCAAUGUACGACACCCCAAUGCACUCCAUCCUCGACAGACCAGCCUUCCUCGAGCAAGAAGUGUGGAAAGGAAAGGGUGGAAGAAGGGAUGAUGAAGAAAAAGAAAACUUGAUGUUGCGGGUCCAUGAACGAAUGGAGUUCGAGCGUCAGGAGAAGGAAGAAAUGAUGAUCCAGAUGCAGCAGCUCCUCAGCGAGAACAAUGCUUUGCGAGCUGAGAUGCAGGCAAAACCAAAAGGGCCAAUGGGCGGUCCGACCAUGGCCGAUCGACGAAUCAGCCACCUUCUGGAGGAGAAUCAAAGACUCCACCAGGAAGUCAGAAGGCUGUCAUGGGUUCAGCCGACCUCGAAAGAAGAUGAUCCUGUUUUUGCAACGCCAAAUGGCAGCUCCGGAUGCGAUGAACAUGCUGGAGGCCGAGGAAAAACGAAGACAGGAGCAGAAGAAGCGCCAGAAGAUCGACCUCGUGAAGGUGAUGGCAAAGAAGCAGGCCGGGAGGCCACGGGAAAAGGAAGGGGAGCGAAAAAGAAAGAAAGUUCCCUAGAAGAUGAUUCAGUGCAUCAACAGACCCUCAAUGUGAUCUUGAAGGUUGUUGAGGGGAUGCAGAAGAUUCAAGAUCGGAUGUCGCAAGGUGGCUCUACAGGUCAAGACCAAGACCCGGAGACGGUGCGACACAGUGUGGACCUGCCAAAGCUGGCAGAGUGGAAUGGAGAGUCAGCCCCGAUUGACUUCUCGGACUGGCUUUUGCUCUUAGCUCCUCUGAUGGCUGACCUCACACCCAGUUCAGAGGAAUGGUGGACUUUGACCUUAGAAGAGGCCCGCCAAUGGUACCAGAAGCACCUUGUGAAAUCUCCCUUGGACAGGCUCACACACCAGAUCGCACCAAGCACCAAGCUUUCGAUGAGGAAGUGGUCCCGCUUGGAGAAGCGAGCAACUGCAUUGCUGCUGAGCGCUGUCCCAGAGGCCUUGAGAGAAGAGGUUGUGUCAUCGAAGAGUUUGACGGCCUUUGGAAUUUUGGUGAAAGGCAUGAUCGCCUAUCAGCCAGGAGGACUGGCCGAACGACAAGCAAUCUUGGCUGCCUUGGAAAGCCCUGCAGAAGCUUCGACCGUCGGCCAGGGCAUCGUCACACUUCGAAGAUGGUUGAGGUGGAAGCGAAGAGCAGAGGAGGUGGGAGUUUCAAUUCCAGACCCGACCAUUUUGGCUAGGGGUCUUGGACGCCUUAUGAAGAAGCUCAUCACGAUGUUCCCCGAGCUGAACUUCCGACUUCAACUGGUCCGAAGCUCCUUGAUGGUUGAUGCUGUUCCAACCCACGAGUCUGUGUCCAAGUACAGUGAGCAUUUGUUAGCAGAAUUGGAACAAAUGGGUGAAGAAGUACAGCCCUCCAUAAAGGAGUUGCUGAAGGAAGCCAAUGACAUGCUGAAGGGCAUGAAUGGAGGACAAAGUCCAAGUUCCUCCAAUACGUCUCCAUCAUCAAAAGGUGGGGAUACGUCAGAAAGAUCCGAAGUGGUGGAACGUCUCCAGCAGCAGCUCAACGCCUUGAAGCAGAAGACCUUCAAACUGAGGCGACUCAAGAAAGGUGAACGACAAGGUCUUCUUGACUCUGGAGCCACUCAUCCACUUCGACCUGUGAAGAAAGGUGAAGAUGUUGAAAGUUACAAGAGGGUUCAGGUAGCCCUAGCAGAUGGACAAGUCACCAGUCUCCCUAUCUCUCCAGGGGGAGCCAUGGUCUCAGCUGACGCCGACAUCGAGCCGAUCAUCCCAAUGGGGCUCCUGACUGAAAAGCUGGGAUGUUCCGUGAUUUGGUCAAGAAGUCAACUCAGGGUAGUCCACCCCUUGCGAGGAGAGCUGCCUGUUGAAGAUCAAGAUGGAUGCCCUCAGCUGCCACGACAAGUGGCCCUGGACCUCAUUGAGGAGCUCGAGAAGGUGAAGAAAGGAAUGAAGUUGAAGGAGGAGAAUGAUUUUGAAUGGGAGAUCAAGUGGAUGGAAGACUAUGUGAACGCCCAUCCCGUCUUGAGCAGACUCCCCAAGGAAGUGAAAGAAUCGCUGGUGGUCAAGCCGGGUGAAUGGUCAGAUCUCCCAGCCAACAGAAGAAAGCGAAAGGCCAUGAAACGAGAUGGCUAUGUGUGCCACUUGUACGCAGGAGCUGACGAAGGAUUCACCUUUGAAAGAGCCUGGAAGCAGAAAGGAGGUGAAGAACGAGAGCUCCUGGAGGUGGACAUCAAAAGAGGCCCAGGCCAUGACAUGCUCCUGGACCGAGGACCCUAUGCGGGACUAGUGAGGCGCGACGCUUCACCCGCGAACACCAGCAAAGAACUGGAGGUUAUCAAGUACUUUGCCCAUGUUCGCAGCGAUCAAAGCAGCGCAGUGGCGAUCGUGACUCUUCGGACCCGCGUUAUCCGUGAUGGCGGUCCACCGGCCGAAGCGGAUGCGAAUUUGGGGCAGUUCGUGGAGAUUGGGCAGGGACAGGCGAGUGCUCAGUGUGUUGUGAAUGACGACCACGGUCGCAGAGAGUGGUCUGUCGUGGUUGAUGGUGAUGAACACGCAUGGGAACAUCCUGCGGUCAAUGCUCCAAAAAUGGAUGCUUUCAGUUUCCGUUACAAUGGUCAAGUGUUCAACGUUAAAGUGUUGUUCCGCUUUGGUGGACAAGUUGCGUUUGAAAUCAGCGAGGCUGAUCCUUUGCUUCCGCUUCCACGUGAUGAUCGGGUGUUUGAGAAUCUCUUGAAGCCCAGAUGUGGCAAUACUUUGACCGUUGACUUGUUGUUUCUGGACACUGCUGACACCGAAAUUAAGGUGAGGAAAUUACGCCGGCUGAUCCUACUGCGGUUGUCUGAAUGUGACGUUUUGUUCAUUCCUAUUUUGGUCGCUGCCGGUGAGGGAAUCUAUGAGCGGACGCUUUUUGCCCACCUGCACUUGGAGAUCUACCAUUAUUAUUUGUGGUUGGCUUCAUGGGCAAAGAUCCGGUGGCCUUUUCUGGUCCAUCAUCCCCACUGGCAUUUGGAUCAGACACAUCGAUCUUACCGCUCCUCUGCACUUCUUGGGGACUUGAUUGAGGUCUUCUAUGUGGCCUCUGAAGUACAGGAUUUGUACCAUGUGAUUGUUGAGUUCGAGCACGCCAGGUACUCCCGGGAGCUUGCUACACAUGUGCGUGUUUUACAGGUUCCUCGCCUGGUGACCAAAGAGCUCUUCUUCACAAAAUGGUUCACACCUGCGCAAUUGGCAGCAACAGAAGAUCCACCUCUCCUUCUACGGAAUGGGCAUUUGGUCCAUGAUGAUCCAUUUGAAGUGAUGGAGAGUGACUAUAUUGUUGUGAAGGUGCUUGACCCGGAUGAUAUUCGUGAAAUGAAAAGGCAGCGGCAAUGCCCAGCUGGCUCUUCUGCCAGCUCAGAUGACUUCAGGAGCACUGAAGGCUUCUACAGUGUGGUGGCCACUAAGGAUUCUGACUCUGAUUGCAGUGACGACAGUGAGAAUUCCUUGUUGCAACACUUUGUCCGUCCCCUUCGAGCACACCGUGGAGGACCAACUUUUGCAAGUGCUGCAGCGGCUCGGUUACCACCACCAGGGAAUGGAAAGAUCGUCCACUUCAAUGCCACCGUCGAGCUGACCGAUGAGCAAGGGGUACUUGAAUUUCGACUGGACCACUCUCUGGAUAACCCUCCUGUUGAUGGCCUACUGGAUCGGUUGCACUUGCUCGGUCUGACAAAUCCCUUUGUUCAGGGGAUUUGCCACCGUUUGCGCACAACCUCCUUCAGUGACAACAAAGACUGGCUUCAAGAUGAUGAUUGGCAGGAUCAAGGUGAGACGGAGGAGAAUGAGAGCGCUGCACAGAGCCCUGCGGCUUUGCCGGUUUGUCAUGACACGAGUUUGCUCCCUGUGCAGAUCUCUCUCGCUGACCAUCUCUCUGAACGUUACUGUCCAGCCACCACACAUGAGGCCUGUGCUGACGGCAUCUGCUUUGGGGAAGUCCAUGAGGCUCUGGACUGGUUCAACACGUUCAUGGUGCAGCCGUCAUUUAAUGUGAACAUGAGAUGGCAUGAGAAUACCAAACCCUGGCUGGAUCUACCACAUUGGCAACUGGAUGAAGCUCAGGUCCUGUGUUUUUACCUUGAUGGCUCAGCUGACGGCUCUGCCACUGGCGCUGCUGUCUCGCUUUGGUGCUGGACGGACAGCUGGCACUGGGCUGGUGCUCUCCAACACAACUUGGACCAGGCCACGGAUGCUUACCAUGCUGAAGUUAUGGCGCACGUUCUUGCGCUCAAAUGGACACACGACAUUUUGAGAACAAUUGGCAAACGCUGGCAGCACCCGCCGGAGAUCCAGUUCUGCUUUGAUGCUGAUGCUCCUGCAGGAGUAGUCUUUGGACGAUACUCCAGUGUUGACCCUCUUUGCCAAAAGGCAUGUGCCCUGAUGCAGAUGUGUCAAACUGCGCAUGGAGUUCCAAUUGAAGCCAUCUAUACGAAGGCGCAUGCUGGUGACCCCGGCAGCUGA